AUGUCCAAACCACUCGUCUCACACAUCUACACCGCAGACCCCUCAGCCCACGUCUUUAACAACAAGCUCUACAUCUACCCCUCGCACGACCGCGAAACAGACAUCGCCUUCAACGACAAUGGCGACCAAUACGACAUGGCCGACUACCACGUCCUCUCAAUGACGGACAUAAAUGACCCGGUAACAGACCACGGCGUCGUCCUCCGCGACAAAGAUAUCCCCUGGGUCUCGAAGCAACUCUGGGCACCCGAUGCAGCAACCAAGAAUGGCAAAUUCUACCUCUUCUUCCCGGCGCGGGAUCACGAGGGCAUUUUCAGAAUUGGCGUUGCUGUUUCUGACAAACCCGAAGGGCCUUUCGUGCCCGAGAGUGAAUAUCUCGAGGGGAGUUAUAGUAUCGAUCCUGCUGUUUUUGUUGAUGAGGAGGCUGGCGGUGAAGCGUAUUUGUAUAUCGGGGGGAUUUGGGGUGGACAGUUACAAUGCUGGGUUACGGAAGAGGGAAAUGGCACCGAGAUGGGGAAUGGAGAGAAGAAACUCAUCUUCGACGCUUCGAAAUCUGGUCCGCAGGAGCCAUCGGGCGAAGGUGUUCUAGCGCUCUGUCCGCGCGUGGCGCAGUUAUCGGAUGAUAUGCUCAGUCUCGCGACGCCAGUGCGGGAAUUGCAGAUUCUUGCCCCGGAGACCGGGAUGCCUCUUUUUGCUGAUGAUCAUGAGAGGCGGUUCUUUGAGGCGGCGUGGAUGCAUCGCUAUAAUGGGACGUAUUAUUUCUCGUAUUCGACGGGUGAUACGCAUUUCCUGGCUUAUGCUACUGGCACGUCGCCUUGGGGGCCUUUUACUUACCGUGGGAGGAUUUUGGAUCCGGUGCUUGGGUGGACGACACAUCAUUCUAUUGUUGAGUUUCAGGGAAAGUGGUAUUUGUUUUAUCAUGAUUGCGAAUUGUCCGAGGGGGUUGAUCAUUUGAGGUCUGUUAAGGUUAGGGAGAUUGUGUAUGAUGAGGCUGGGGAUAUACAUCUCAAGGAGUGA